GAGGGCAUCCCUUGUUAACAGGAAAGAAGAAGCAGAGACUCGGGGGAUGGGGGACGCCAUUGAAAACAGAGGCAGAGGUUUGGAGCCAGGGCAUGCCUGGAGCCACCAGGAGCUGAAAGAGGUAGAAAGGACCCUCCCCUAGAGCCUGUGGAGGGAGCGCAGCCCUGCGACCUCUUGCCUUUGGACAUCUGACUGCAGAAGAAUAUUUCUGUCACGUGAAGCCCCCGGUUUGCGGUCAUUUGUCAUGGCUGCCCCUGGACACUCUUACAUUGUGAUUUCCCCUCACCCCAGCGCAAUUUAAUUCAGCUCCGCGGAUAGUGAAUCAUUGCCCUGCAGGACCAGACCCCACUAAGGACUUGGGGGCCUCCAAGAGGAAUGAGACCCAGCUCGUCCACUUUAAGGCACAGACGGCCUGGACUCCCGUCUCCACAGCAGAUGGCCACCCAUCUGCGGGAGCUUUCUCUUCGCAUACUGUUCCCUUUCCCAGGAAGCAGCCAGGAUCCUCCUGGAGGGGAGAGUGGACGAUGACCUGCCAGUCCCUCCCAACAUUGUCCCUCAGGCCUGGCCAUGAGGCUGUGGUUCUCUUAGCCAGCUGCUGUUCUCCCUCCCACCUAGGGCUCCUUCCCUAAAGCAGCCUCCAGCUCCGGGCUAUCUGGAGCUGGUCCUGUUCCCUCUCUCUGCAAAAGGUGAUCCCUGGCUUCAAGUGGGAUUUGAACAUUUCUCCACCGCCUACAAAGUGGAGGGCCUGAGGAUCCGUGGGAGGAGGCUGGGGUGGUGGGGCGCAGGGUAAGUCAGAUGGUGGGGCCUUCCUCCCCACAAUCAAAGGGGUUGCAGGUAAAAGGGAAGCAGGCCGUGUGUUCAGACGGAGAGAUGCCUGGUGAGGCACCAAGUUCACUCCCAGGAGUGAACAUACCUGCCACGUGCCUAACAGGCCAGGCGCCAAUGGUGCUGUGGGCCCUGCCCUUGGGAGCUCACGGCGUAGGUCUAGGGCAGAACAGUAUGUCUGUCUAUGUUUUCCAUAGAGCUGGAACGGAGUAUAAAUUAAUACUAUUUUUGAGAAAGAGAGCGAGGGAAAGACUGGGAGUUCACCCCAAAUGCCCUAAAGAAACACUUUUGUAAUGAAGACGCGGUGUGCCUGGAUGACUUCCUGUGUCUGGAGUAGCGAUACUGAUGUGGACCGGUCACCAUGAGCCCAGGGCCGUGCAGCUUGUGCAUGUUGGAACCACAUCCUGACAUAAAUCAGUGGCCCAGACUCUGUCCCUCCCGGAGGAAAGUACAAAGGGACAGCGUGCCACAAAAACAUUGGUACGGAACCAUCAGAACCAUCCCUGGCUGUGAAAUGCGGGAGGGCCAUGCCAGCGCAUCCCAAGGGAAGGUGUGAGGAUUAAAUGAGAUCGGAUAUGAAGAGCACUGAGAACAUACGAACGCGAGGGGGACAUGACAAGGCUCUAAAGCACGAUAUAAACUACGCGUGUGUAUAAGCAUUUGCUGUUAUUAAUGGCCACAGACGAACACCAGCAACUAGGAAGUUGGGCUGUAGAAGACCCUUUAACGAGAUGGGAAAAUGUCUGGGACAUAUUGCUAACUGAAGAAAAAGGACCUACCAGGGCCAGUGGGUCGGCGGCAUGCGCCAAGGCUACGGUGUGCGGCAGAGCGUCCCCUACGGCAUGGCGGCAGUCAUCCGCUCGCCCCUGAGGACAUCCAUCAACUCUCUGCGCAGCGAGCACACCAAUGGCGCCGCGCUGCACCCCGACGCCUCCCCGGCCGUGGCCGGCAGCCCGGCCGUGUCCCGCGGGGGCUUUGUGCUCGUGGCCCACAGCGACUCCGACAUCCUCAAGAGCAAGAAGAAGGGGCUGUUCCGGCGCUCGCUGCUGAGCGGGCUGAAGCUGCGCAAGUCCGAGUCCAAGAGCAGCCUGGCCAGCCAACGCAGCAAACAGAGCUCGUUCCGCAGCGAGGCCGGCAUGAGCACGGUUAGCUCCACGGCCAGCGACAUCCACUCCACCAUCAGCCUGGGCGAGGGCGAGGCCGAGCUGGCAGUCAUCGAGGAUGACAUUGACGCCACCACCACCGAGACCUACGUGGGCGAGUGGAAGAGUGACAAGCGCUCGGGCUUCGGCGUCAGCCAGCGCUCAGACGGGCUCAAGUACGAGGGCGAGUGGGCCGGCAACCGGCGGCAUGGCUACGGCUGCAUGACCUUCCCCGACGGCACCAAGGAGGAGGGCAAGUACAAGCAGAACGUUCUCGUCAGCGGCAAGCGCAAGAACCUCAUCCCGCUGCGCGCCAGCAAGAUCCGCGAGAAGGUGGACCGCGCGGUGGAGGCCGCCGAGCGGGCCGCCACCAUUGCCAAGCAGAAGGCGGAGAUCGCGGCCUCCAGGACCUCCCACUCCCGGGCCAAGGCUGAGGCCGCCCUCACUGCAGCACAGAAGGCCCAGGAGGAAGCACGCAUCGCCAGGAUCACUGCCAAAGAGUUCUCGCCUUCCUUCCAGCACCGGGAAAACGGGCUCGAGUACCAGCGGCCGAAGCACCCGAUUUCCAGCAGUGACGUCGAGGUGGCCUCCACGGGGACGCCCCUGCAGCAGGAGAGCCCCGAGCUGUACCGCAAAGGCACCACCCCCUCGGACCUGACCCCCGACGACAGUCCCCUGCAGAGCUUCCCCGCCAGUCCCACGGCCACCCCGCCCCCGGCCCCUGCCUCACGGAACAAGGUCGCCCACUUCUCCCGGCAGGUCUCGGUGGGCGAGGAGCGAGGCGGGGACAUCCAGAUGCUCCUGGAGGGCCGGGGAGGGGACUAUGCCCGCAACAGCUGGGGUGAGGAGAAGGCCGGCGGCCCCAGGGGCAUCCGCGGCAGCGCCCUCCGGAGUGGUCAGCCCACGGAUGACUUCCGCUGCCGGGGCUCAGGCCACAAGCAGCCUAGCAACCCCAAGUCCCGGGAGCGGCGGACGGAGUCGCCCCCUACGUUCUCUUGGACUUCCCACCACCGGGCAGGCAAUCCUGGCUCCGGGGGCGCCAAGCUGCUAGAGCUGGAGGAGGAGAAGCUGAGCAACUACGAGAUGGAGAUGAAGCCUCUGCUGAGGAUGGAUGCGUACGUGCAGGAGGCACACCCCCAGAAGAGACGCUACAGCAAGGGGGCAGCCUGCCGGGGCCUGGGGGAGGACCACCGCACUGACGACCGGGGCUUUGGGGCACAGAGACUGCGGUCCAAGGCCCAGAACAAGGACAGCGCCAGGCCGGCCCCCUGCGUGGAGCCCGCGGUACAGAGGCUGGAGAGCCUGCGGCUGGGGGACCGGGCUGAGCCCCGGCUGCUGCGCUGGGACUUGGCCUUCUCCCCGCCCCAGAGGUCCUCACCCGUGGCACUGGAGUCGGACGAGGAGAAUGGGGACGAGCUCAAGUCCAGCACGGGCUCGGCUCCCAUCCUGGUGGCCAUGGUGAUCUUGCUCAACAUCGGAGUCGCCAUUUUGUUUAUUAACUUUUUCAUCUGAUGAGAUGUAACGUUAGCAAAAACAACGGCUGGUGUACAGAAGGGACGUAACCCACGACGAAAGGGAAGGAUCAUAACUCGGACGGCCCGACAACCACUUCCGAGUCUUCACAGAACAACGUGAUUGGGUAUUACUCACAGUUUGCCUUUUUUUCUGGGUAAUGUUUUUUGGAUUUUAGCCAAAAUUCUUUGCUUGUAUAACACGAUGCUGUGUGGCAUGGCAGAAGGAGGCCAGCACGCCGACCCUCCAGCUUGGUGUGGAAGGAAAGGGAUCCCAGCAAAUCAAUGGCCAAAAACUCAAACGGCCACGGUCCUCGCCGCCAUCACCCCCCGCCUGGGACUGGAAAAGGAGGCAGCCGGAGGAAGACCCCCGCGUGUCCAGCUGUGCCCGGCCGAUGGGGAAGCAGCCGCUGGGAGGCUGAGUGCGGGAAGUCAGCUACCUCUGCUCUUCCUCUGGGUCCUGGAGGAGCGAGCGGGGGAUGCUUACGGGCGUGCGGGAGGGGGAAGAGGCCAUGCCGUCCCCACUGGCGGCAGCCUGGGCCUCUGUUUUGAAUCUGUGCUGUGUACUUGAGGAAGCAGGGACCUUCCGCCUCGUCUCUUCCCCCCCCCCCCGCCAAACGCCACACCCCGCCCUCUGCCCCCUCUGGCCUUCACGGGGAGGCUCGCUGCCCCCCGAGUCUGAAAGCAAAGUCUUUAUGUUCCCUCCAGUCUGGCCCCUCUCCGCUCCCCCCACCCCCGCCCUGACCCCCAGGAAGGAGGGCUGCGGAUGGGGCAGAGGGCAGGGAGCCUUGCAGGCUCGUUUAGCCAGCACGGCUGGUUCCGAGUGCGGCACCUCUACACCGGGCAUGCGGGAGGUGUGUCCAGGCUCCCUUGUCCCCGUCAGAUGGCCCUCAGUGACCUCCUCCCUCAGUCACUAAGCACACGGGUUUUCACAUCUCGGUCCUGUGGCGGCCUCCACUCCCCGCCCCCAGAUAGGCACACUCCUUCCGGAGGCCUCGUUCACGCGCCGGAGCUGGUCUGGUCCCAGGACAGGAAUGUGGGCUUAAAGAUUCCUGAGCACUCGUAGCCUGUUCCUCUGCCCCGCACACCCCACGUCACUGGUUUCAGUCAGUUCUGCCUUCUCUACCAGUGUCGCUCCAUCAUCCAAACGAAAGAACCAGGUUCCGGAAUGUUUGGGCGCCCCGUGGUCCUAGCCCUGGAGCCAGCCCCAGCCUGUGUGUAUGGACGUGUCUGUGCGGCAUGGCCACGUCCACACACAGGCCUCUGAGCUCACGCCUGGGACGGUCCUGACCGUGAGCUUCCACGGCCGUCCUGGGCGCAGCCCGGCUAUGGACGCUGCCUUGCUUUGCUUAUGUUUAGCUGUUUCUCUGCUACCUUUCAAGCAGAUUUCUUUACUACACUGCACUGGAUUGCUAUAUUUUUAACCAGAAAUAAACUAAAGAUUAGAGCAUGUUCCAGUUAAAUCCAGUUUUAUUUUUUCUGUUCUACAUUCACUCCCCAUUUCUUCUCAUUUUGUCUUAGUUUGGGGGUCUUUUUUGGGGGAGUGGGGACCUAGGCGAGCGAGGAUCCGUAAGAAAUACAUUGCUAAUAAUGUCGCUUUCUAAAGGGAAAUUACAUCUUUUUGUACAUCGUACUUUCCGUUCUUUUUUACUGUCGAGUGGUUUGCUGCAGACCUGAGGUGAACCAAAUAAAGACUCCUGCUCCUCGCAGCUCAGAGUCCUCCAUGCUGGGGCCUGGGUUUUAGAGUUCUGUUCGUGACUCUUCGUAAAGAUGACAGAUUUUUUGUACAUUCCGGUAACAGCAUGACACAAAAUGGGGCCUAGAGCUGCAGGCUACACACACACACACACCCCCGGGAUUAGCGCAGAGAAUCGCAAGUCGCCGCCCCGUGAAAGCAGGAGUGGUUCCGUGAUGAGGGGCUCGUGUCCCAUCACGCACCUGGCCCUGACCCCACGGCUGUACCACCACAUCGCCCGCCCUUUCCCUGCACGCCCAGGGAAUUCCCUGUGGAUUCCACCAAGACCACAACGUCCUGGGUCUGAGAGACUCUAGAAGCUGAUUGUUCAUUAGUUUCCCCAAUGAUCAGGGAGCAGGCAGCUCAGCAGCGGGAGUGCUUCUGCUCGCGGGGCUGGCUUUCCUACUGGCCCAGAGCGUCAGGUUCCCCCAGUGGGUGCCAGUCCUCCUGUGGGGCCAGGGCAGCUAACCUGCUUCUCUCUGCGUGCUCCUGGUAGGCACGUAGGCGGAGCUAGACCAGGCCCCACAGGACCAUCAGGAAGCCCAGGCGUGCGUGGUACAAAGUGUUGAACACGUUCUAAUUACUCCCAGAGCAACCUCACGAGAGUCCUUUUCUCCCCCGACAGCU